CGGCUCGGCACACGGUUGAGCGCCAGGUUGCGCUUGGCCGCCCCGGGGUCUUAGCCGGGAUGCCGAAGCGGGUCCCGGCCGGCGAGCCGCGCGGGCCUCAACAGUCUCACGGUCUCACGGUCUCACGGUCUCACCCUGGCUGACAGAGUACUCGGAUGAUAUGGACCGAGCUGUUAAUGCAUGAGGCUCAGCACUCUGGGAGAACUCAGUUGGAAGUCGGGACCUCAACUUGGAGGCGGGAGGAAAUAGCGCCGAGGCAAGUUGCGAUAACCCGGGCACAACGCGUCGCUUCGACAUCAACCGAGUUCGACGGGGCCAAUUCCUUGAGGCUCAUCAGAAUCUGCCGCGACCAUGACCGCCAGCGAUGAUGACCCGCCGCUGCCCCUGAAGGAGGCGCUGGCUAUAGUCCGAUUGCCCUCGGAAGGGCAAAGCCGGCGGUUCAUGGGGACGCGAAAGGCUUACCUGCCGGGAUCGGACUACACGCCAGAUAAGGGCACGCCCAGAAUGCACCGGGCCGCAUUCGGUGGCCACGUGUAUGCCCAAGCAGCCCUGGCCGUGGCUCGCACCUGGAGGGAGCUGGAGGACGAAAGGGGCACACGGCCGGGCGAGAGGCUGCAUCUCCAUACGAUCCACGGCUACUUCACCCGCGCCGGCAUCCCCACCCGGCCCUUCAUCUACCGCGUCACCCCUCUCACCUCGUCGCGCACCUUCAGCACGCUCUCGGUCACGGCCCACCAGCCCUCGCAGCCCAGCACCAGCCCGCACGGCGACGACCACUUCCCCGCCGCCGACGCCAGCCUCCCGGCCUCCUCGCCCGCCUUCACCGCCAUCUGCUCGCUCAAGCUGCCGGAGCCCGACAGCGCGGGCGUGUCGGCGCAGGAGGAGCCGCCGCAGCGCCGCUUCGCCGCCAUCCUCGCCAGCCGCCCGCCCGACGCCUGGCCGCCCGCCCCGCCGCUGGACAUCGACGGCGUCGUCGACUUCGUCGGCCCCGACCAGCCCGGCCGCUUCCCCGUCGCCGUCAUGCGCAAGGUCGACAUGCGCGCCUACAACGCCGGCCGGCCCGUGCACGCCCGCCGCGAGCUGCUGCUGUACAAGCUGCUGCUGCCGCCGUCGGCUCCGUCGUCCGGUGCAGCCGGGGGUGGGAGCGGUGCUGCUGGGAAGGAAGAAGAAGAAGGAGAAGAAGAAGACGAGGACGCAGAGGCCAACCUGCACGUGGCGGCGCACGCGUACGUGGCGGACCGCAACGGCCUGCUGAUGGCGGCCAACCACCUGGGGCUGGGCCGGUCGCUGGGGCGGGCGGCGAGCCUGAGCUACUCGUUCGUCAUGCACGUCGCCGCGCGCGAGGCCGUCCUGCGCGAGCGCGACGGCUGGUGGAUCCAGGAGGCCUCGUUCCCGCGCGCCGCCGCCGGCAGGGGCAUCGUCGAGAGCAAGAUCUGGAGCCCCCGCGGCGUGCACGUGGCAACCGAGUACCAGGACGGCCUGAUUCAGGGGAUGAGCUUGGAGGGCGCCGGCAGGACCAGGCUGUGAGCGGCACACGUGAGGAUAGACGCGCGGGUGAGUCGUACAUAGAGAUUGGCGCUUAAUGUAUAUAUGAACCGGCCUAGAUACAUGUACAGCAUAUGGCUGUGUUCCCUUCCACUUCUCCCUUCUCCUCUGUUAGCGAGGACAGGUGGUGAGGGUUAGGGUCCAAGGAGGCUAGAAAGGUCUCGCGGAAUAUCGCAGCAAUUGCGGGACCAGAACUGGUAGAAAUAAUUGAGGUAAAGUAAGGGCAGAUAGUAUAUACACAUUGAAAUCCCAGACCUUUGCACGGUUCAAAACACCAUCGGCGUCCGGCCCAGCUGACAUCCCCGUAUCCCCGUGAUUCAGUUGAGGGGUCCACGUGCCAGGUCACCUGGUUGAAGCAACCUAACUAACCCAAAAACAGCAAGCACCUUGCCAGCUCGGCUUGCCGGUUGCCGUGCUCGAGCCACGGAUCAGACCAUUUCUUGUGACCCGCGGACCGGCUUCACCACCUCAAUUCCAAGAUCAAUUGACUCUGUCACACAACACCACACGCCUCGUUCGCCCCCCCUCGACGACAACCAUGUUCCUGCAGCGCUCUGCCGUGGCCGUCGCGCGCCGCGCCGCCGUCGCCCCGCUGCUCCGUCGCAGCCUGGCCACCACCGCUGUGCGCCGCAAUGCGGUUCCCGACCAGCCUAAGAUCAAGACUCUGAGUGG